UAAGUUGUUCAAUCAUGCUUGUCUAUGUUCAUGUGUUGGCCCUAUUGUUGAUGUUCAAAUUAAGUCUGAUCUAUUUUACACAGAGAGGUAUAUGAUAACACAAAUGCGAUCUCAUUUAAGUGGCUAUAAAGAUGUAUUCUUGCCAAGUGUAUAUGAUGCUUUAUUACUUAAUAGAGCCACAUGUGAUUUUAGAGAUGGACGACUUAUAAGAAACUAUGCAGUAAAUUUUACACAGUACCUUAUCGAACUAGCUUUUAAUGAUGGGGAGUUAUUUGCUAUCAUGCAUCUUAUACCUGCAGACUAUACAGAAAGAUUAGACUCUUUAUUAAACUCCAACUACUCCAAUCAAGAAGUAGCUGAUGUUUUUUAUGAUCUCGAGAUGGCUUCACUCUUUCUACUCAUCAAAUCUUAUGCUAGUAUCCCAACUCUAGAAAUAAGCCAAGUUCACUAUAAAGCUCUAUUAAGAACAAUAGCUUUUGCUUCUACACAAUGUCUUAGCACUUGGAGAUGCUUUUCUUCAUUCUCAUUACAAGCCAUUAUAGUCCCAGUUGGUAGAAUAGCUCUUGGUCGUAUUUUAAAUGUUGUUGGCUCUAUAAUUGACCCAGAUUCACAACUUUCCCAUUCUUGUCAAUUUAACAAUACAAAUGAAGCCACAAUAGGAGACCUCGUAGAAUCUCAACUUUACACUAAUGAAGCUUUAUUUCUCUCAAAUCUUCUCUUAAAUACUAACUUCUGUCUUAAUUCUUGGAACAGACGUAUAGAGCUAGUCAUUGUGAACAAGAUAAGUCAGCACAUCUUUUAUUUAGCUGCUUUAUUUAUAAUAAUCUUAGGAGAUAAAGUCCACUUAGAUGCAUACUUGCAGCAAGACUUGCAGCAAGCAGAUACACAAUUCUCACAAAUAAAACCAAUCCACAAAACACCAAACAAGCUAAUAAGACUUAGCACUAAUCUAAGAUUAUUUGAAACAGGUAUAAAGGUUGUUGAUUUACUAACUCCUUAUGUGCAAGGUGGUAAAAUUGACUUCUUUGGAGGUGCAGGAGUUGGUAAAACAGUAGUUAUAAUGGAGCUCAUCAGAAAUCUAGCAAUAGAGCAUGGAGGUCUUUCUUUAUUUGCAGGUGUUGGUGAAAGAACUCGUGAAGGAAAUGAUUUAUAUUAUGAAAUGCAGGAUUCAAGUAUUAUAUCUCGUACAGAUUUGUCAUCAUUUAAGAGCAAUAAUAUUUUCUACACAAGUACACAAGUACACUCUAUCAACACCAAUUCCCUAGUGGUAUUAGUCUUUGGUCAAAUGAAUGAAACACCUGGUGCAAGAAUGAGGGUAACCCAUGCUUCACUAACAAUGGCUGAAUAUUUUAGAGAUGGUUCAGAUCAAGAUGUACUUAUCUUUAUUGAUAAUGUUUUCAGAUUCCUACAAGCUGGUUCAGAAGUAAGUACACUCCUAGGAAGAAUGCCAUCAGCAGUUGGUUAUCAAGCAACUCUAGCUACAGAAAUGGGCUCUAUUCAAGAAAGAAUAGUUGCCACUAAGCUAGGGUCAAUAACAUCUAUUCAAGCUAUCUUUAUACCAGCAGAUGAUUUAACAGAUCCUGCACCUGCUAUUAUAUUUGGCCACUUGGAUGCAAUAACAGUACUCUCUCGAGCUUUAGCUGCUAAAGCUAUAUACCCUGCAGUGGAUCCAUUUAAUUCCACAUCUAAAAUGCUUUCCGCACAUCUCACAAGAGCAUUUCAAUAUAGCUACUUCAGUAAAACAAAUCUUACAGAGAUAUAAAGAAUUGCAAGAUGUAAUUGCAAUUCUAGGGUUAGAAGAAUUAUCUAAUCAAGAUAGACUUAUAGUUAACAGAGCAAGAAAGAUUGAGCGAUUCCUAUCACAACCAUUCUUUGUAGCAGAGAUAUUUACAAGAAUUCAAGGUACUUAUGUCUCCUUAGAUGAGACCAUAUUUGGAUUUAGUCAAAUUGUCAAUGGAUCCUUAGAUAAUUGGUCAGAAGGAGCAUUCU